AUGUUACACUAUGAGAUAAUUGAUGCUUUCAAAACAAAAGACAUAUUCAAUCAAAGAAUUGCUUUUGAACUUCCAUUAAAUCAUUCAAACCCAGAAUCUCACAUAAUUCAAGUUGUAAUAAACAUCACUCAAAAAUAUUCAGAUCAUAUCUCAAAAUUAGAUGCAUUUGAAACUAUAGCCUUACCUGAAGAACCAAAAUUAAUUGCAUAUUUACAAGGCGGUCCCGGUUUCCCAUGUGCUACACCUACUUCAAAUUCAAGUGUGACUAAAUUGUUACUAGAUAAAAACUAUCAAAUACUUUGGCUUGAUCAAAGAGGUACUGGAUAUUCAACCCCAAUUCAAUCUAAAAAUUUUAGGGAAGUAGUUAAUAAUGUAUACGGAGAUUCUGAACUAAAUAAUCAAUUGAGAUAUAUCUUAAGUUUUAGAGCUGACUCAGUUGUGAAAGAUUUAGAAAUGAUCAGAAAAUUUUUAAUCAAGGAUGAAAAAUUGCUGAUUAUUGGUCAAUCAUACGGUGGUUUCUGCUGUUUUACAUAUUUGAGUUUAUACCCAAAAUCGUUGAAAGAAGUAUUAGUGACUGGUGGAAUCCCACCAAUUGGAUUUGCAGUUGAUGAUGUUUACGAAGCUACUUAUAAACAAACCAGCGAACGGAACUGGCAUUACUACAAUAAAUUUCCACAAGAUAGAACCAAGAUUGUCUCAAUUUGCAAGUAUUUGAAGCAUCGUAACACCUCAUUACCUAAUGGAAGUCAUUUAACUCCUGAAAGAUUUCUACAAUUGGGUUUGAAUUUUGGAGCAACUGGAGGUACUGACACUAUACAUUUAUUAGUGACUAAACUAUACGAAGAAUUGAAAGUAUUGGGUCAACCUACUUAUAACACAUUAAAUACUAUCUCUCAGUCUUUGGGAUUUGAGACUAAUGUUAUUUAUGCAGUAUUUCAAGAAGCCAUUUAUUGUAAUGGGGUAGGUCUGAAAUCUAAUUGGAGUGCAGACUUUUUAAGAGAAUCUAAAUUUGAAAUAAAUGAUGAUGAAAUCUAUUUUACUGGUGAAAUGGUUUACAAAUUCAUGUAUGAAAAUAACUCAUACUCAGAGUUAGCCGAAUUUAAAGAUUUAGCUCAUGCAUUACAUGAAUACACCAAUUGGUCAAAUUUAUACGAUGUUGAUGUUUUGAAAAAUAUAAGUUGGAAAGAUGUACCUAUCGUGGCAGCAACUUAUGUAAAUGAUCAAUAUGUUGAUUUUAAUUUAUGUAAACAAGUUAAAGAGAAAUAUUUUGCAAAGGAUAAUUUAAAACAGUAUAUCACAUCAGAAUUUUUCCAUAAUGGAUUAAGAGCAGAUCCAGAUAAAGUAUUAGGUUCAUUAUUUGACUUAUUAGAAAAUAACGAUAUAGAUUAA